GUAGCAUGUGGUCUCUCUGGAAAAAAAGGACGGGGGGAAAGUACAAAUGAAACACGAGUGUAGGCAGCUAGCCUGGCUCUGCCUGGUUGGUGCUUUGUGCUGCAGUCUCAAGUGACCACUCUCCAGAUUCACAAAACAGGAUCUGUGGGCAUUUAGAGGUGUCAGCAUGGCGUGUUCCAAUGAGGAUAUGAUGCAUGUGGUGAUAGUGGGGAUUAUACUGGGAGUGGCAUGUUCAGGUCAUGGUGCCAUCCAACACCCUCACUAUGAUGACACUCCCACACCAGAAUUUCUCAACCCCUCCUGGAUGGUGGAUAUCCUCGAGAACCAGUCCCUGUCUGAGGUCACUAUGCCAGGCACCCACAACACGAUGGCCCUUUAUGGUGGCUCCCUUGCUCAGUGCAACUCCUGGCCCCUGGCAAGUCAACUCCAGGCUGGCAUUCGCUUUUUAGAUAUACGUGUACGUCACAUACGGGGAAACCUCACCAUCCAUCAUGGCAUCUCCUAUCAGUGGGCACACUUUGGGGACGUGCUAGAGGGCAUAGCGUCUUUUUUGAAGCAGCAUCCCACUGAGACAGUGCUGAUGAGGCUGAGAGAGGAGUUGAGUGAGACUGGAGAUAUCUACGGGGCAGUGGUACGCUAUGUUCAUCAAUAUGCCCACUGGGAUCUGCUCUGGCAUAGCCGGCUAAUGCCAACCAUGGGAGAGGCAAGGGGCAAGCUGAUUGUCCUGCAAGACUUCCCUGGACCUGACCUGGGCAUGCGGUACCGAUCCCUGGAUAUCUCUGAUUACUGGAAGGUGUCCUCCCUCCAGCCUGAGCAGGUGGAUAAGAAAUGGACGCACGUCUACACCCACCUGGAAGAGGCUGUGGUGGGCAACAAGGCCCGUAUGUUCCUCACAUAUGCCAGCGGCGCCAGCAUCUUAGCACACCCCAAUGCCCUGGCCAAGCGCAUUAAUCCACGUCUGUAUGACUACUUAAGUGGCCAUGCAGGCCAGAGGAAGCGCUUUGGCAUCAUCACAAUGGACUUUCCAGGAGCAAUGUUAGUGAAAACUAUCAUUGACUUUAACUAUGGAGUAAAAAGGAUGGAAUAAAAACAAAAUACACAGUAAACCUUAUUGUCAGCUCUUGUGUUUCAUACUAUGGAGUGACAUUGUGGAAUAUAUGUUCUUCAUUGCUGUGAAGAAGUUUAUUCAAGGUCAUCAUGAGAUAUUGGGUUAAAUUGAUAAUUACCAACUAAUCUCAAAUUUGACUGUGAAAACAAAAAGUACUACUGAAAAACUGAAUACUUGUACUUUCCCUCAAUUACAUUUCCAAGAGAAAAAAACAUACUAUUAUUUCACCCCUUACCCGAAAUGUAGGUUCAAGUUAGAGACUUGGACUUAUACUCAAAUUGUGUGUUGACUGACUCAUGAAACAACUUGGACUCACUCUGAAAUGGCUUAAGACUUAUGACUUGUUAAAAACAGAUAGAAAAAAAAAGAAAACAGCUGAUUAAACGAAGCCGCCAGACUUCAUUUGGUAAAUUAAUAAAACUUUUCAUUUCCAACCUUAUAUGUAUGUCUUUCAAUUAAAACUGCUGACCUGCAUGUAGUUCAGAUGUAUGCAUGUCAUCUAUCACACUAGCUAACCUAGCUGAAGUUUUCAGGUAAUGUACUUGAAGUUUUUAAAAAGUUUCAGUUGAUUAUUUAGUUGGAUAUCGUGUUAUUGUGCUUGCUAGCCUAUAUGCUAUAUAAACUACAGACUAAACAACCA